UAAAUACGAGGCUCUGAGUACGAUAACUUGUCAAGUGUGGGAGAACCAUCGUCCCAGUCAUCACAAGCUCGGCCUCUAGCCCUCCCGCCGCAGACAUGGCCGUCGGAAAGAACAAGGGACUCAACAAAUCGGGCAAGAAGGGGUCGAAGAAGAAGGUGAUUGACCCGUUCACCCGCAAGGACUGGUAUGAUGUCAAGUCCCCGGCACUCUUCUUCAACAGGAACGUGGGCAAGACCCUCGUCAACCGCACGCAAGGAACCAAGAUUGCCUCCGAGGGCCUGAAGGGGCGUGUGUUUGAGGUGUCGCUGGCUGACCUCCAGAACGAGUCUGAUGCUGAGAGGAGUUUCAGGAAGUUCCGUCUCAUCGCCGAGGAGGUUCAGGGCAAGAAUGUGCUGUGCAACUUCCACGGCUUCAACCUCACCACUGACAAACUGCGCUCCAUGGUCAAGAAGUGGCAGACUUGCAUCGAGGCCAACGCUGAUGUUAAGACCACCGACGGCUACAUCCUGCGCGUCUUCUGCAUCGGCUUCACGGAGAAGGUGUCAAGCCAGACCCGCAAGACAGCCUACGCCCAGCACACACAGGUCAAGAACAUCCGCAAGAAGAUGGUGGACAUCAUCACCCGUGCAGUUAACUCCAGUGAGCUGAAGGAGGUAGUGAACAAGCUCAUCCCCGACUCCAUGGCUGAUGAUAUCCGCAAGGCCUGCAACCUCAUCUACCCCCUUAAGGAAGUCCACAUCCGCAAGGUCAAGGUGUUGAAGAAGCCUCGUUUUGACCUGGGCAAGCUGCUGGAGAUGCACGGCGAGAGCGGCAAGUCCACCACCGCUACCGGGGAGGACGUGGGCGCCAAGGUGGACCGCCCAGACAACUACGAGCCCCCUGUGCAGUCCAAGGUCUAAAAUAAAGUUUGUGAUCGAAUGUGUUGAA